GUCAAGUUAGAAACAUUAUUCACGGAGUCUGACAGACAUACUAACAAUUAUAAGAGUUCUUUUUCUUUUCCGGUUAACCUGUGAGCUACACGUCUGCCACAGGCUCUGCAAGAUGGGCGCUUACAGAUAUAUACAGGAAUUGUACAGAAAAAAAUUGAGCGAUGUUAUGCGUUUUUUGUUGCGUGUCAGAGUAUGGCAGUACCGCCAGUUAACCCGCAUGCAUCGUGCUCCUAGGCCCACUAGGCCUGAUAAAGCGAGACGACUGGGAUACCGUGCUAAACAAGGAUAUGUUAUCUUCAGAAUCCGCGUACGCCGUGGCGGCCGCAAGCGCCCAGUCGCAAAGGGUGCCACUUACGGCAAGCCAAAAAGUCAUGGUGUUAAUCAGCUGAAACCCACUCGUAAUUUGCAGUCUAUUGCCGAAGAACGUGUUGGUCGUCGUUGCGGUGGUCUACGUGUCCUUAACUCAUACUGGGUUGCACAGGACUCUUCAUACAAAUACUUUGAAGUCAUAUUGGUUGACCCCUCACAUAAGGCUAUAAGACGUGACCCCAAGAUCAACUGGAUAGUGAAUGCUGUCCACAAACAUCGUGAGAUGCGUGGUCUCACAUCGGCCGGCCGCAGCUCCCGUGGUUUGGGCAAAGGACAUCGUUUCUCACAGACCAAGGGCGGUUCUCGCCGCGCUGCUUGGAUUCGUCGCAACACACUUCAACUCCGUCGCAAGCGAUAAAUAUAGACGUCUGGAUGUCAUUGACUUUCUGUUUGUUUUUAUAUAUUUAUAUUAUCAGAUAGAAAGCCAGUGGUUUUCAAUAAAAAUUACUCUAAAAUGAA